UUCAUCCAUGCUUCCGCGCGCCCGCACCCUGACCAGGUUGAAGUCGCACGCAAUAAUAUUAGGGCAUUCCUUGAGGACUCGCAGGUAGCACUGAAAUGUAAGGAUCAGGUCCACAUUACCGAUGACGAGGGCGAACUCCACCAAGAUCGCUACCCACUGCGCACAUUGGCGCAGUUCCUUGACCCCCAAAUCGAUGAUAUCCUCGGUGCGCUGGAUGCGGUCAUGCUGGAAUGCAAUUCGAAUAAGUCUUUCUCGCCUUCUACGGACAACCCUCUGGUCGACGGCAAAACCGGGACUGUACACCAUGGUGACAGUUUCCAGGCCGUGGCC